GUAUUGAAAUACUGAAGAGAAAAUGUAUUGUCAAAAUACUCUAUUAUUGAGCUAUUGAAUAAGGUGCGCGCUUGACCUGUGUUGAGACUUACAGUGUUUAAGAACAGGCAGUCAUCCACGAGAGCUGUCGAGGAUUUACUGUACCAGCAUUUUUGUUGCGAGAAGAACUCAUGAGCCAACAAAUUUGGACUGAUUGUGCUAUGGCAAUCAUAAACCCUAGCCCUGAAUCCAUUCAGCAAUUGUUUGAGGCUUGCGAUCUGAAUGGCAGCGGAUUCAUUGAGAAGUCUGAGCUUUCCAGUGUCUGCAGUGAGCUCAGUCAGGAUGAACUGCAGAAGGUCUUCCAUGAAUUGGACAGAGAUCAGGACGGUCGGAUCAGCAUUACCGAUUUUUCUGAGGGCUUCCAAAGCGUCAGCGACACGUUACUUGCGGUAAGCAGACGACGCAGGCGGCGUAUGGCCAAUCAGCACCUGAAUAGCGAAGAAUUUGACGAGUUCAUUGGAAAACUCGCCAGCGACUUUGAACAUCUCAGUUGUCAAGAACAAGUCUGUGAAUUGUAUCAACAACUUCACUCAUCAGAAACACCUCAACUUCUCACACAGUUUGAAACAAUUAUAUUUGAAGUUGUGAAGGACAUCAAACAACAGAAUUAUGAAAUCGAGCGUCUUGAAAGUUCACUCAAAAGGUAA